GAGAGUUCCUGUUGUCAGAACGCCAUGAGCUGAGAGGAGGCCGGUUAAGUCAGGAAACAAGACGACGCACGUGACGCCCGCUGCUUCCUCUCACAGACUCUUCUGGCUCAGAGAUGGCAGCUUCCAGCCCCUCAGACCCCCAGACUGGCUCUCUGGAUCCCGUGAAGCUGCGGAUCAAGACCCCUCAGAGCUCCACAGACCGCCUGAGUCAGUCCAAGUCCAUGGUGCUGCAGGACUCAGACCUCCCUCAGAAACCUCCCUGGAGACAUCGCAGGAAUCAGUCUCAACACAACACUGUUGACGCAGGAGCUGCACUGCUUGAUCCUCUGCUUAAUCUGAAAGGUGAACAAAUGAACAUGGCGAAAAUUUCAGAGAGUGGUAAGAAGCAGAGGAAGAACUGGACGGCCAUGUGGGCCGUGCUGACGGCAGACCAGCUGCUGUUCAGCAAAGACAAACCGGAGCACGGUCUGAAAGCAGGCGGUAGGACGGAUGUGGUGGAGCUGAGCGGAGCCUUGAUGGAGUGGACGACCGAGAAAUCCAGCAGGAAAAAUGUUUUCCAGAUCACGACAAGCAAAGGCAGCCAGUACCUCAUUCAGGACGACUGUCAGUCCACUGCCAGCCGAUGGUUCCACGCCAUCAAAAAGGCCGCCAGCUCUUCAACUGAAGAUCGCAGUGAAUUUCCUCUGCGGAGGUCAAACAGCACAGACCUUUCACCCAGACACAGUUCACUACCCGGAUAUACUUCUGCCUCGCCCAGUGCCAAACCGCGUAUCCCAGCCCACCGGCGCUCCAUCAACAUGUUCGGCAGUGCGAAGCUGAAACACAGCACGUCUGACAGCAGCGACAAGAACCGAGUGAAGAACCGGCUGAAGAAGUUCAUCACGAGACGCCCGUCCAUGAAGACGCUACAGGAGAAAGGCUUCAUCAAAGACAGAGUGUUUGGCUGCAACCUCUCGACGCUGUGUGAACGGGAAGGAACCACGGUACCCAAGUUUGUUCAGACCUGUAUACGCGCCGUGGAAAAACGAGGCCUGCAGGCCGACGGUAUCUACCGAGUCAGUGGAAACUUGGCGACGAUCCAGAAACUCCGCUUCAUAGUAGAUCAAGAGGAGGAACUGGACCUGGACCACAGCCAGUGGGAGGACAUCCACGUCAUCACGGGAGCCCUCAAGAUGUUCUUCAGGGAGCUGCCGGAGCCGCUGUUCCCCUCCAGGUUCUUCCAGCGGUUUGUUGAGGCCAUCAAAAUCCAGGAACCACAACAGAAGGUUCAAGCUGUGAAGAAGCUGAUUGAGCAGAUGCCAAAACCCAACCAGGACACCAUGAAGGUCUUAUUCAGCCACCUGCACAGGGUUCUGGCCUUUUCCAGAAGGAAUCUGAUGUCCACUCAGGGUGUCAGUAUUGUUUUUGGCCCAACACUGAUGUGGCACGAGCAGGAUGCAGCAAACAUGGCCGUCAACAUGGCGUUCCAGAACCAGAUAGUGGAGUUCAUCCUCAUCGAGAGCCACCAGAUCUUUGACCUGAAAGGAAAGUAAACAUGGACCUGACGCCCUCAUGUGAUGGAACAUGACGUCUGUAAAUCUGGUUUGACGUGAAAAUAAAGAGUUUUUGUUGUUGUUUUUGGUACAAUCAACCUCUUUCAGUCUUUUUUCCCCUGG